AUGAAAUUUUUCUUUCCUAAACCGAGAAGAGAAUAUCAUCACGAUACAAAGAACCUGCUUACACAACAAAUAUCACGCUUUAAUCAAACACAUUACACGCUUUAUCACACUGUUAGAUCUCUAGGAUGUUUCUGUUUGUCCGGCUUCAAGGGAAAUUUUGAUGAAUUGGCUUCAUGGUGA